ACUCGUCUGACGUUUGAUAGCUCGCGCGGACUGUAUCCCUUUUGAUAUUAGUAGGCUAACCUUGUUUUAAUAAUACUGACGUUGUCGAUGCGUUUGGUUGCGUUCAGUUUUAACACGACUCAUCUGAUUCCUUCGGACGUCGAGGUGACAUUAUUAAACAGCGAUGGCAGACGGAGUGGUCAGGCCUGCGUCCCCCUCACCCUCCGUCUCCCUCCUGGAGAUCAAAGCGGAGGCACGGUUGGUGCUGAAGUCUUUUCUGCGUCACUCUCUCUCGAUUCCUCCUGGGGAGCGCCCUGGAAGGAUAGGAGGAGAAUGCAAGGACCCAAACAAAUACAGAGCCUCAACAAAAGACAAAAUAAAGAAAGAUGCAAAUGGAUGGGACUCCUUAGAUGAGGAGAUCAGUGCCGCAGAGGAAAAGAAACAUGGCAUUAAAAAUUUAAUAAAGAGAAGACUGAGAUCCCGUUCAUCUUUGAUCCGCCGUGCUAAGAAAGACAGCAGUUCUGACCCGACUUCAAACAACACCCUGGAGAAGCCGAGUCAGCCGGGACAGUCUGACAAGCCAUCAACAAAUGGAGCACACAGUUUACCCAGAAAAACUGAGGAAGAGAUAUUCCCACCAUCCUCUGCAUCUGAAGAGGAAGGUGACAAGAAAUCAGGGGACAAAAAUAAGAAAAAGAAGAAAAAACUGAAAAUAUCUGAUAUACUCAAAAAAGUGUCAUUCAAGAAAGAAGAGCCUCGUCCUCAGCGCCCAGCCUCUCUGCAUUUAAAAAGAGAUACAGAUGUUUCAAAACAUGAGGAUAGUCCCGUUUCACCCUCUCAUCCCCCUGAGUUUUAUGACGGCGUGGCAGAAACUCUUGACAGAAUCGCACAGAAACACAGUGUGAAAAAGAAAUCCCCUGUUAAACCAGAGGCUGUGCCAAGCACACACAAAGACAGUGACAAAGAUGCUGUGGUUCAACAACUAGUUCAGAUAUUAACUUCAGAGGGGGAUGCCAUAAACGGGAAGAUAAACGCCAACCCCUUCCUGCGGUCCACCCUCACACGCCUCUCCUACCCAUCGUUUGCCAAACUCCUUGAUGCGUACGCCAGUCAGAGUGAAGAGCCCCCCGCUCCGGCUCCGGUCAGCCCUACGCUGCGGCGUCUCGCCAUCACCAUGGAUGUGUCUCGACGGGUGGUCACGGCCACUGGAGUUCAGCGGCUGACGGGGUAUGCUGAACGCUACAUGGAGAGCUUCGCACCAUGGGUGAGGAGUCACGGAGGAUGGGUGAGCAGUCUACUUUUAGCAUUUUGCUCAGUCUCUCUAGGACAGGGGUCUCCAACCCAAAUUCUGCAGGAUGGUAGCUCUCCAGGAGCAGGGUUGGAGAUCCCUGCUCUAGGAUGUGCUGUGUUUUGUAUUUGUUACUUUCCUCCAGAAGGGGGCAGAGUUGUCAAGUAAACGUUUUUUUUGUGUGUGUGUGUGUGUGUG